GCCCUGCACCUGCUGCCCGGGGAAAUCCUGAUGGCGGGCUCUGAGCCGGCCCUCCACCGCUACCGGUUCUCAUUGGAAACGCUUGCCUCGAAAGUGGACGUCACCUGCGACAGCGCGUUCGCGCUGGACGUGCACGGCGGCAGCGGCACGGUCGCGGUGGCGGGCGCGGGCGGCGCCGUGCUGCUGUCGCACUACGGGACGCGCGUGGGGCGCAUCGUGUGA